GGUGGCCCGGUGCUGGUUGUAAAUUGAUCCCUCCUCCUGUGGUUGGGGUGGAGGCGGGGCGAAGCAGGAAGGAAAGGAGCUAGAGGGAAGGGAGGCAGCAGAAGGAGCAGCGGCAGGAGGAGCAGGCUGUGAAUGCUAAACAUCCAGCUCCGUGUCUACGGCUCGGCCGAACCUGUCGGAAUGGAGCAGAAGGAGCACUUUUAGGAUCUACUAUGCGUCAGCGGCGCGUCGGCACAGUCAGCGUGAUCUCCGCCGUCCGCACGUUUCACCGCACAAAUCCUUUUUUUUUUCCUUCCCACUGAGUGUGAAAUGUGUCGCGGCUGCCCGCAAUUCACAUUCUGACAAUGGAGAUUGAAAAUAUCGUGGCCAACACGGUUCUCCUGAAGGCGAGGGAAGGUGGCGGCGGGAAGAGGAACGGUCGCAGUAAGAAAUGGAAGGAGAUGCUCAAACUUCCCCACAUCAGCCAGUGUGAGGAACUACGCCACAGUGUUGAGCGGGACUACACCAGCCUGUGUGAGAAGCAGCCCAUCGGUCGGCUGUUGUUCCGUCAGUACUGUGACACCCGACCGGAGCUGAAGCGCUGCAUUGAGUUUAUAGAUGUUGUGGACACGUAUCAGCUCGCUCCUGAUGAGAAGAGGAGAGACUGUGGACUGAAUGUUUUAGACACAUAUUUUAAUAACGGGUCGGCGGCUCAUCUGCCUGACGUGCCGCAGGAUGUGGUUUCUGGCUGCAGGGAGCGGCUGGAGCAGAGUCCCUGCAAGGAGCUCUUCAACGAAUGCACCAAAAUAGUUCGUGACUAUCUGAGUGGAGCUCCAUUUUCCUCCUACCAAGAGUCCAUGUAUUUCUCUCGCUUUCUGCAGUGGAAAUGGUUGGAAAGGCAACCAGUAACCAAAAAUACCUUCAGACAUUAUAGAGUACUUGGAAAAGGUGGAUUUGGCGAGGUUUGUGCCUGCCAAGUACGUGCCACCGGUAAGAUGUACGCCUGUAAAAAGCUGGAAAAGAAACGGGUGAAGAAAAGAAAAGGUGAAGCAAUGGCACUAAACGAAAAACGCAUUUUAGAAAAAGUUAACAGUAGUUUUGUAGUUAGCCUCGCGUAUGCCUAUGAGACCAAGGAUGCGCUGUGCCUGGUGUUGACUAUUAUGAAUGGCGGGGACUUAAAGUUCCACAUCUACAACAUGGGCAACUCGGGCUUUGACGAGCAGAGAGCGAUUUUCUACGCUGCCGAGAUCUGCUGUGGCCUUGAAGACCUGCACCGUGAAAGGAUAGUCUACAGAGAUUUGAAGCCUGAAAACAUCCUCCUGGAUGAUCGCGGGCACAUCCGAAUCUCCGACCUGGGCCUGGCAGUACAGAUCCCUGAAGGAGAGACGAUACGAGGGAGAGUGGGCACUGUGGGGUACAUGGCUCCUGAGGUGAUCCAGAACGAGAGCUACACCUUCAGCCCGGACUGGUGGGGUCUGGGCUGCCUGAUCUUUGAGAUGAUCCAGGGUCAGUCGCCAUUCCGUAAGCGUAAGGAACGAGUGAAGCGGGAAGAGGUGGACAGACGAGUGCGAGAGGACCAGGAGGAAUACUCUGAUAAGUUCUCCGAGGAGGCAAAGGACAUCUGCCGACAGCUUUUGGCCAAAGACCCCAAAGAGCGACUGGGUUGUCAGGGUGGUGGAGCCAUCGAGGUCAAGCAGCAUCCCAUCUUCAGAAACAUCAAUUUCAAACGGCUGGAGGCCAACAUGCUGGACCCGCCCUUCAGCCCCGACCCACGGGCCGUGUACUGUAAAGACGUCCUCGAUAUCGAACAGUUCUCCACUGUCAAAGGCGUGAACCUCGACCCCACCGAUGAUGACUUUUACCAUAAGUUUGUCACAGGCAGUGUCUCCAUCCCGUGGCAGAAUGAGAUGAUUGAGAUGGAGUGCUUCAAAGAAAUCAAUGUCUACGAGACUGAUGGAACGCUGUGUCCAGACCUGGACAUGAACCGGCCUAAUCCUCCACCAAAGAGAGGCUUCUUCUACCGCCUGUUCAGACGAGAGGUGUGUUUUAAGAGCGGUUACAGUGAAGACGAAGUUGAAGAGCCCUCGCGACUUUAAACCACUCCCACCACCUGACUCCUCCCCGUUUGCUGAACUUCACCACAAACUCCAACCGAGUGCAAAUCUUAGGAACUCAGUGAAUGUUGACCUGUAUUUAUGAGCUGUAUUAAAAGUGUAUUAUAAUUAAAGAAAAAAGUAUGAGUUUAAAGAUUUUGUACAUUUGUACUUGAAUUUAUGUCUAGAUGUAUAUUUUCACUAAAGGUUGUAUUGUACAAAAAGCCAUAAAAGUACCACUUGAAUGCAUACAUCCAUUUUAUUUGCUUUUUGUUUUUGGAGUGGCCAACGUGUACUGGGGAGACUUUUUUUAAAAGAAGCACAGUGUCUGUUUUUAUUUUUCUUAGUGCAGUGUAAGACCCCAUCAAAUCCGCACGAUUCCAAACUAGACCUCCACCUCAUGCACCCUGAAGGCUCAGCUCUGACGUGGGAGCAUGGAUCCAAAGGACAUGGAGAAACUAAAUCCAGUCCAACAUUGUUACCUUGAGGACUAAAACAGUCUCAUGUGUUUCUCAGACCGAUGUUAACUCCUAAAAUGAAGAAUCUGAGCUUUGUUUGGCCAUUUAUUCCAUGCUAUUCCUCGUUCUUCCCCCAUUCAGACGGGUUGCCCCGGACUGGUUUGGACUUGUUUGAGUUGAGCUGCUAUGUGCAGUUACUGACAACAAACGGUCUUCUCGAUGUUUGGACCAAAUUGAUUCUAACUCAUUCGUCUGCAUUUAUUUCUUCCACCCUCUUAUUCAAUAUGUGAAAUGUAAAAAAAUGAUAUAUUUCAGGCCUUUUUGAAGAUCUUUGCAACUUGUUCACAGGCUGCAAACGAUGCAGAACAAUUUCAGGUGCCUGUCAGUGGACUGUGCUCUUGAAAAACACAGCAACUAAGCAAAAGCCUAGAGUUCAACACAUCAGAGCAGGUAGAUCAGUGUGGAUAGGAGAUGGGCUACCAAUAUGUAGAUCUGGGUUUGAUUCCCCGUCAUACUACCAUUUGUGUCCUUGGACAAGACAUCCUAUGUGCAUUGUCCCAAUCCACCCAGCUCUAAGUGGGCACCAGCCUUAGCUGUGGAAGUGACCUGUGUCACACCAGCAUCCUGCCCAGGGGGAGUUCUAGACUCCCAUCUGCUUCAUGUUGUGGUAUCCAGAGAUAGCCAUCAUUCAUGAGGGCCUGUGUAAGCUUUGUCCCAUUUUGUUUGGUAAUGUGGCUCUUCCUUAUUCUUCUAUGUCCAACCAUUAUGAACUGGUGUAGCAUGCGGUGGAGAAAACCUUUCUCUUCAUAGUCUGUUAAUUUGCUAUCUGGGUUUAUGGUUUACCAAAAACCGGAGGAUUGGGACUAAUGACUGAAAAAUAGUCGACACAUGAGAAGGAUGGCGCUACAUAACGGUGACCUUGUACAGCUGACAUUGUCUCAAGCUAAUGUCCUCUGAUUCUGCUCUCGGCGAUUACUCUCCUCAGCACUGACUCAACAUUCAGCCUGCUUUGGCCUCCUCACUCGAUAGCACGACGAACACACGCCAUGGCAUUAUCUGUUAAACUAAUUUAUGAGUUAUAGUAAUGCCCAUGUUCUACUAAUCUGUGUUGUUAUCUCAUAGGAAUGACUUGCUAGUUAAUUGUGUGUAAAUGGCAAGGAACGGGGGGGUAAUGCUGUAACUACACCCCACCCCACCCCCCGUAGGAUUAUAUCAUCUGCAUACAGAAACACUCCCAUCUUCAGAACAGAAUUGUGCACUGGGAGUUUUUUUUUCCUUCCAGUUUAAACACUUUUAAUAGACUUUCUUUUCAUUUCCCAAACAGGAUGUUCUCUGUAUUUGUUCUCACUUUGCUUUGGAACCAGAUGCCGUUUACUCACCUCCACCUGAUUUAAUGCUGUGAAUCUCUAAUCCGAUGUAACAGUAUACCUUCCCUCCUGGGGUGGGGGAUAGUUGUCCUAGGAUAUCUUACACCCCACCCUGGAUAUCUUACCUCCCACCCACUGCUGCUGCAGUAUUAUCAUGUAUUGCAUCCAAUCCAGAUUUAUUCAUGCCUGACACAGUGGAAACAACAUUGAUAUUGUUGAGGCCAUUUGAUAGAAAACCUAUUCCCAUCUUGAACACAUAUCUACUUGUCUGACCCCUCUUUUGUGUAAAUUCUCUCAAUUCACAUCUAUAAUUUCUUCCCUGCUCAUAUAUUAUUUGACCUCCCCACUUUUAUUGGGUAGGGGUAAGAUAUCCUGACCUUGAAAAGCAAGUCUGCUGUAGCAUUAUCACCCAUUUCAUCCUACCCAGAUUUAUACAUAGCUGAAACAGCGGAAAACAACAUUGAAAGUGUAUGUCACAGGGAUGUGGUCUUGCCCUGGACUGAUAGUAGGCAGUUUGAUAAAAGCCUGUUCCCAUCUUGACCACAUACCUACUUAUGGAUGCCCAAAGGUUAGCUACAGAAGCAAGGUCCUCCAUUCUGAAGUGACUGACCUCUCUUUUCUCAAUUCUGAUGUACAGUUUCUUCCCUGGUCAUGUUUUAUAUCCCAAGUUGGUAGUGGAAUGAAUUUGGCAAUAUAUAUAGUAGUACAAAAUUUUUGAUAUUGGGGUGGGGGGAAGAUAACCAGGUCACGAUAUCUUACCCCCCACCCCAUCAUGGACAGAUGUUCUAUCAUAUUUCAAGUUGUCAAUCAGGUCCAUAUAUUUGGAAGAGGGAUUUAAAGAUACUUCAGGAUAGGACAUAUUAAUAGUGUAGAUAGCUAUAGAUGUAUAGAGAAAGAAUACCAAUAUCGUUCACCGUCAAUCAAACUGCUUCAUCUGGGACCAUAAAACAUCUGUGAAAUAUAGAGUUUAAAGGUUGCUCUAUCCAGAUUGGGCCUUAUCAAGGUUUGGGUAAGCUUUAAUCAGUGCUGCUCUAUAGGAAUGUUGGGGGAAGAUAUGCUAUUACACCGGACCUACUAGCUUUGAUAUUACACUGUAAACAAACGCAGCUUCUAUGGCAUUCAUGUAAAUUUGAGGCACUGUUUACACAUAGCAAUGGAAUUCAGUCACCUAAAUGAUCUAUAGUACUUACAAAAAGUGAUUGCUUUCCUGGACUUUUUAAAAAAAUAACAACAAAAAAACAUUUAAGACAUCAAAUCAAACUACAGAAAAAGAAAGGCUUCUUUAUGCAGUAACUUGCACAAUAUCGAAGUUAAAUCAUUUUUUUAACAUAAUCUAAAAUUAAUCCAAAACAGCAUAAUGGGUUGUAAAAUCACUUAUUCCCUCUUAUAUAGCACAAGUAUAAUUUUUGUAGCCGGUUGGUUGGAUUAAAGGGGAUUAACAGAAGAAAACUUCUAACAUCGUCAACUAUGCUGCAGUGUUUUCAUAAAUUGAAAGGAAACAUUGCAUGGUACGGUAAAUCCGCUGGAAACUUUUUUUUUUUAUAGAAUUGUAUAACUAAACUGAGCCGCUUUGUGUUUUUUUUUUUUGUUUUUUUGGGGGUCUUUAAUGAUUUGAUGGUUUGAACUGUAAAAAUGAAAGUUUGUUUUAUAGGCACUGUAAAUUUGUUGAUUUCAUAGUUCCAACCCCUUAACAAACAAAAACCAGCUGAAUUUCAUUUGGACUGUGAUUGUCUCCCACAUUUUAAACAUUUUGGAGAUUUUUCUUGUUCUUUAAAAUGGGCCUCUGUUGAGGAUUUGUACUGUUGCUGGCUUGUAGUCACUUGAUUUUUUUUUUUUUUUUUUUUGGAGCAUCUUAAUUUUAUUUUAUUAUAUUCUUUUCUUGCUCCCAGGCACAUUUUGAUGCUGACUUCUCAUGUGGAUGUAUAUUUUAGCCUUUUUAGGUAUUGGAUUCAAAAACUGUGUAAAUGAUGUAAGUAAGCUCCAUCACAAAACAUUUUUUCUCUGUCAUCAUUCGGAGUCAUUUUAAAAUCCAUACAGCAGUAAAGAAAAUUGUUUUUGUUGCACUAUGGUGUGUUUCCACGACAACUAUAGGAAGCAUCUUUGACUGUUUUAUUGCCAACAAUACCAAAAGCAACUUUAAGCAAGUUUUUUGUUACCGAAAAGAUUUCCUGAAGGAGCGACAGCCUUUGCUGUUUGUGCCAAUUAUCACUUUGAAUUGUGACACUUCGCCUUGUUUUUUUCUUUUUUCAAUCUCUUUUUUUUCCCUUCCGUCCAUUCUGACAGAAUUAUUUUCCAGUAAAGGAACAUUAAACAGCUCCACACCUUUUAAUGUCAGCACUUAAGUGCAUUGUAAUGCCUGUUUUUAAAAGAAUAUGUUUUAUUACUCGAGCAUGUAUCGUUUGUAAUACUACAGGCUCCUCGUGUAUGUAAGUGACGACUUCGUGCCAACGACAUAUCUGACUGGAGAACAGCUGAGUUGUUCUGGGUGCACCAGCAACGUUCUGUCUGCGCUUUCCAUGAGCUUUAGACAUGAGAUGUUGAAUGUCAGGAGUGUAUAACUUUGAGUUGAAGGUUCGAUAGUCUUCUGUCCAGUUCUGACAAAACACUGUUUUCACGGAGAAGAAUGUGGUCAUUGGUUUUCAGACAGGACCUGGAACUUGUCAAUGAUUUUCUUUUUUCUAUCUGUACAGUCAUGUCGUUCAACCACUGCAGUCAUUGUUAAAUCUUGUACAAGUUGUAUCACUGGUUGUUGUACCAUAUCUGACAUUUGUAAUUAUGAAAUAAUACACUGCCAUUUGUAUAAAA